AUUAACCCAGUCUUGGAUCUUGCCGGACCCGGACCCGGACCACCGCAAACAUUGUUCUUCUGGUCGAGGAGUCGCAACAACCAUGGGCUCCAAAAUACAGUACCGCCACCUGCUGAGGCUGGCCCGGCGCCGGCAAACGGCGCUUCCCGCCAGAUUCCCUCCAACAACGCCGUCGCUCCUCGUGUCGCGGUUCCAGCACCUCCAGCCCUUCUCGACCUCCCCGAGCACGCGGCAAGAACAGCGGCACGAACCCAGCCAGCAUUCCGCGUUAGGAGGAUCCGCCGCCGAUUCCACGGCGAAAACUGCAGCACCGACGGCGACGGGCUCACCACCAACAAUACCACCAUCUCCUCCUCCUCCGACCGACCCUUCCCUCCCCGCAGGCCACGAGCAACAACAAGAACAACAGAGCACCAAGAAGAAGAAGAGGCCACCACGUCAGGCCCGUGGCCGCCUCUUUCUCGCCCUAGCCAGCACCCUCGUCGGCCUGUCCCUCGGGUCCGCCGUGCGCGUGCUGGUGUCCCCCCCCAACCCUCCGGAACCGAAUACAGAGGAGGAUGAGUACACGAUUCGAAUCAUCCGCGAGCAGGCGGCCAAGCUGCCGAUCGUGCAGCAGAUGACGGGCGACCCGGAGCAGUGGGAGUGGUGGGACGCGUACGAGUCGCUGCCGGCGGAGCACCGGGCGCAGCACAUCUCGGCCUCGGCGCUGGCCGGGUCGCGCGGCGUGGGCGCGUACCAGCGCGUCUUCUGCAACCGGAGCACGGGCGAGCUCGUGAGCGUCAUCCACUUCGGCAGCGCCACCACCAGCUGGCCCGGCGUCGUCCACGGCGGCUGCCUGGCCACCAUCGUCGACGAGAGCUGCGGCCGCGCCGCCUUCCGGGACCCCGAGUGGGGCGGCCGCGUCGGCCUGACGGCCCGCCUGACGCUCGAGUACAAGAAGCCGACGCUGGCCAACAACUUCUACGUCGUCCGCGCCCGCGUCCGCCCGGACGAGGAGCUGCCCGAGUCGGAGAGGGGCAAGAGGCACUACAAGUGCUGGAUCGACGCCAGCAUCGAGGACGCCCGCACCGGCACCGUGACCGUCACCGCCGAGGCGCUCUUCGUCGGCGGCAAGGGCAACGGCAAGACGAAGAAAUCCCCGCUUGGCGGCGACGAGGCGCGGCAGAAGCAUGUCAAGUUCUGAGGUUACGGUGGCCACGGCCGGUGGUGGCGGUGGCGGCGCGAUGGGGGUGGUGGUGGUGGUGGUGGUGUUGCGAUGGUGAUACCUGGCGAUGGCGAUGGCGGUGGCGGUUGCAUCAAUUGGAGUCUUAUUUUCACCACGAGGGUCAUGGCAUCACUAGACCGCGAGGCGUUCGAGGUAGCAGGCGACAUUCAACGGUGGCAGUCGACGACGACGGUGAUGGGAAU